CUAUUAUUUCUCGAUAAGAAAACCAAAACCCUAAAUUACCUUCUCUCUCUCCAACGAAGAAGGCAAAGAAAAAAAAAGAACUGAUCUUUUUCUCUGCUUUACAUUUUAGAGUUUUUGUAAAUUUGUUUCUUUCUCUUUUUUCAUGUUUUAGUUUUCUGCCUUUUGUUUUGGUCUUUCUGUUUCAGGAGAACAAACUGAAUCGCUGAUAAUUGCCGUCUCUUUGUUGGGUUUUGUAAUCUCUAAUGGUGGCUUUUGUGCUCUGAAAUUUAGGGUCUUACAUAUCCGUUUCUAUUGCGAGUGCAGCCAAGAAAUUAUUUCUGAUUUUGAGGGCAAUUCUAGUUGGAAAUCAUGUCUUCACCAUAUCCAGUUCUUGGAACAAAACCCAUAGACCAGUGGAAGGUUACUGAGUUAAAAGAAGAGCUUAAAAGGCGGAGAUUGAAAACCAAUGGUUUGAAGGAUGAUUUGAUUAGACGGUUGGAUGACGCACUUCGUGUUGAGAUGGAAAAUGAUGAAGCACUUCGCACUGAGAGGGAAAGUGAGGAAGCACUACGCAGCGAGCAGGAAAAUGCUGCGAAGGUUGUGGUGGAUGUGGAUAAUGGUGUUCAUUUAGAGAACCCACCUAUAGUAGGGGUGAAAAUGGAAGAGGCAGUAGCAGUUGUUGCUGAGAUGGUUAAAGAUGUCGUGGAUGAUGCCGCUAAUAGAGAUGAGAAGGUGGAUAAUGUUAUGAUUCAGGUUGGCACCAAUGAGAGUGUGAAAGCCAUGGGUACAGGAGAACUUCAAGAAGAGGUCCAAAUGGGUGGUAGUGAUUCUUCUAGUACAGAUGAGGAUCUCAAUGUUCAUGCAACUACUGUGGAGACCAGUAUUACUGUUACUGAGAGUGUGGUGUCAGAAGUAGCAUUGAGUGUGAAAGCCACGGGUACAGGAGAACUUCAAGAAGAGUUCCAAAUGGUUGGUAUUGAUUCUUCUAGUUCAGAUGAGGAUCUCAAUGUUCAUGCAACUACUGUGGAGACCAGUAUUACUGUUACUGAGAGUGUGGUGCCAGAAGUAGCAUUGAGUGGGCAAGAUGUGCAAAAUUCUGGAACACAGGAGGCAAAUGAGAACUCAAAUAUCCAGCUGGAGAAUGAGGGUUUAAAGCCCCAGCUGGAGAAUGAGAAUUUGAAGCCUCCAGACGAGGAUGCCACGCUUGACUCUUCUGCUCCAGACAACCAGGUAUCUGAGGUCAGCCCUAGUUUAGGGUUUCAAGUAAAAUCUGAUUCUAUUUCUACUGAUUCUGUAUCAAUUAAUGAAAAGAUUGAACUAAAGGAUAAUAUAAUUGCUGAUAAUGUCAAAUUAGAACUAGAUAAUGUUAAGCCAGAGAUGGUGGAACCAUCAUUCAGUAAUGUUGUCCCAGUUGGUGGUGAAUCACAUCCGAUGGAUGUUGAAGAGCCACAAGAGAAGAAGGAAUCUGUUGAAGAGAAAGAUGACAGCAGUGGUACAAAUGCAUAUAUGAGAAAGAAUAAUGAUAGUGUUGAUGUGGGGUACUCGGAAAAGUUGAAUUUAGACAGGAGUUCUGGUGAUGACUCCAUGGAGGAAGAUGUUUUAGAAAGUAAGCAAAUUGAUUCAAAGUAUAAUUCUGAUGAAGUGGGUGAUGUGAGUGAAAAGAAAAAUGAAGGGCCUGUUGUGAAGGAGGAAAAUCUUGUUGGUGUUGCUGGGAAGGACUUAUCUACUGAUCAAAAGGAGGUCCAUGUUGAGAAUAAGAUUCAUCCAGUUGUGCCUGUGGAGAAAAGAAAAUUUAACGAUCAAGAAAUUGUUGGAAACUCGGAACCUUUGAAGCGGCAACGCAGAUGGAAUUCUGAGAACAUCAAGGUUCCUGAACAGCAAAGCUCAAAUUUGACACCCACCACCACACCUAAGGAUGGGUUUCAGCCUGCUCCUUUGAGACGCAACUUCUCCCGUUCUGAAUCCUCUGUUAGUGAGGAGGCACCCAAGGAACGUGUUGUUCCACCAUCACAAAAACCUUUGACCAAUUCUCUCAGAAUUGAUCGUUUUCUGCGUCCUUUUACUCUGAAAGCUGUCCAAGAACUCCUGGGCAAAACUGGGACUGUCACAAGUUUUUGGAUGGAUCAUAUCAAAACCCAUUGCUAUGUUACGUAUUCAUCUGUGGAAGAAGCCACGGAGACACGGAAUGCUGUUUAUAACCUACAAUGGCCGCCAAAUGGUGGACGCCUUUUAGUGGCCGAGUUUGUUGAUCCUCAGGAAGUGAAAAUGCGGGUGGAUGCUCCUCCUCAGUCUCCAUCUACACCUGUCACUCCUAGUGCUGCUGCACCUGCUCCUCCCACCCUGCAGCCACAACCCUCUCCUCGUCAACAGGUUUCUAGGCAGCAACUUCCACCCCCACCUUCCCUUCCACCUCCUCCACCACUCUCUAACCCACCCCAUGCCAGGGAACGAGUUGAUCUUCCUCCACCACCUCCACUUCCUGAGAAGCAUGACCCACCCAUUGUCACUCUGGAUGACCUCUUCCGGAAAACCAAAACAGCUCCUCGAAUCUACUACUUACCGUUAUUGGAAGAGCAAGUUGCAGCAAAACUUGCAGAACGUGGAAAAAACACCAAGCAAUAGGGACUGGGCUAUUAUUUACAUCCCUGGCUGCUCGUAGGAUCAUGUUAGAUAAUGGUAAGAUAGUAUCACAUAAUUGCCUCUUUGCAGGUCUGCAGGUGUUGCUUGUAGGAAGGAAUUGUCCAGCCAAGCAGAGGGUUGUGGUUCGGUGCUGGAUUUGGUUUUCUGGAAGGCUGCUUGAUGUUAAAGCUUAAGCUUUGUUUUCUUCUUUUUUAGCAUUAGAAACUUUUGAAUUGAGAGCGCUCUAUAUGAGUGGAAUGAUCUUCAUGUGGACAUAUCUUGUUUUUCUUCUGAACAAGAAACUUUCCCUAUCGUAAAUUGGUUGGAUCUACAUUCCUUGCA